AUGAAUUCGAAACCCGCGAAAGAAAAAACCGUAGACGACAAAGCUGAAGAAUCAGGAUCUGAGAAGGCUAAGGAGGCAGUGGCCGAAACGGCAAAAUCAUCUACGGAUGAAAAGAUUAUCCUGAAUGUAGGCGGUAUUAAGUUUGAAACCUACCGCGAAACCCUCACAGCAUACCCAGACACGUUGCUAGGAACAAUGUUCCAUCCGCGCAACCAAGAACUUCUUCGACCAGUUGAUGGCACUACCAAUGAAUACUUUUUCGACAGAGAUGGAAAUGCUUUUUACUACGUUAUGGAAUUCUACCGAACCGGAACUAUCUCUUGGCAUCCACCACACGAUCCGCCAGCAACACCAAAGUAUUCACAAUUUCCCAUCCCUAAAACUCCCGCCUCACCCACGACAGGUACUAGCAUAGUAGCCUGUACAGAUGGACAAUGUCCACCAUUCAUAACAUCCUUGGCACAGAUAGAAAAUGAAUUCCUAUUCUUCCAAAUACGCCAACCGUACACCAAGGGCGAUUUAUCCUAUAAGGCCGGAGGGGAGUUGCUUGAUGACUUUGCUUAUGCAAUCGAAGAGCUUAUCUGCUGCGCCAUCGCUAAAAUAGUAGAUCGUAUCGCUGUCACUUUUUAUCGUGAUGGUACGCCAAUGGAAUGUCCUAUCUCAACUCCUGGCAACAAGUUGAAAGAUUUCUCCGUCAACGGAUACUGUAUUAUCAACCAUUUUUAUGAAGACAUAAAAGGAUAUUUGGAAAGUGUAUACCCUCAGAUCCAAUUCAAAUUGGAUUUCGGUACCAAUUAUAAAAAUGUCACUAUCUCUAUGAGUUAUCUCUUUAAAAGAAACACGAUUAGAAUGCAUAGCAAGUCAAAUGACGAUCUUUCGUCCCCGUAUUCUGGUCCUUGUACUGCAAAUUCAACCGUACAAACAAAGAAAAAAAGCCCACAAGCAGAAUCAAAUAAGAGAACUUAUGAGGGGGGAGAUUUGAGUCGAUUCUGA